AUGGAACAUCCACGUAAGAAACAGAAGACAGAAACUUCAGAGUUGCUAGAGAAAUAUGAGAGCCUCAAGGCUUCUCUUCGAGAUCAAAACUCCGAAGCCCAUAAAGGUGAGGCUACACAGUUGGUGAUACAUAACUUAAACAAGCUUAAGGAAAUCUACGGAAUUAUCCAGAAUGAACAUAACAGAGACACAAGGGUGCAGUUGAAGGAUUCAGAGAUACUUCUGGAUGCUUCUAAGUUUGCUGCAACUAACGCUCAAAACAUCAAGCUCGGUGAUCUGGGUGUAGCAUUAAGUUCGGAUGAUGUGCUUCGUAAAAUAAAAAAGUAUAUGAAUCCGUAUGCUGAGGAAUAUCCCGAUGGCAAUGACAGUGGAAAUGUUGAAAAUGGUGAGCCAUUCUUCAAUUCUUUCAACUGGUCUAAGCUAGGAUCUCUUUAUCUCCAAGUAAGCUCGAAGCCCAUUUUCAAUGGAUUUCUAUAUGGUCCAUUGGAGACUGAAAGAAGGAAGAUUAACGUAAGAGCCAGAGUUUUGGACGAUACACAAUCGAAUGGAGUUGUAACGACUGCUAAAAAUGUGCAGGCUACAGACAUUGAGUCGAACCAGGAGCAAAACACUGCUCAUAUGGUGAAAAAUGUAUAUAGAAAGUUUAUAGAAAACCAGGACGAAGAAGAUGAAGAUAACGAAGAUGAGGGAGUGAACUUCUUUAAGUUUUUCAUAAACCCGAACUCGUUUGGGCAGUCUGUGGAAAACUUGUUCUUUACAAGUUUCCUAAUUAAAGACGCCAAGUUGAAAUUGACCAUGGAUGAAGAAGGCACCCCCAUUCUCCAGGGCGUAGAUCCUGACGAACUAGACGGCGAAGACGACGAAGAUGAAAAUGAUGAGGAGGAAACGAAAACUCAUAAUACAAACCAUUUCAUAGCUACUUUCACGUACAACACUUGGAAGGAGUUGAUACGAAAGUAUAACAUAACAGAGACUUACUUGGGAAACCGGCCGGAGCCUGAAGAUACAUUUGAAGAAGACGAUAUAUAA